AUGCCCGGACUGGGAAAUCAGCAACAAGUGAAUAUACCUGGAGCAUUGAGUGAAAAGUGUGAUUACAAAUGUGACCACGUUUUCUUUAAUCUGACAUUUGGGCUAUUACUGCCAUUAGCAAUAGCACAGUUUGCACAGGUGACAAUUGCAGUUGAAGGGAGUUCAGCAAAGUCUCAGCUGUUUCAGUCUGUGGCAAUCACAGAGAGUGCAAAAGGAGGGUGUGCUUACACUGCAUCCCUUCAGAACUCAACACUACAUCAACUGAUGGAAAAGCUACUGACAAACUAUAACAAGGGAGUCCGACCAGUCAAAAACUGGACACAACCUACAACCAUUUAUAUUGACUUUAUCCUCCAUGCUGUGCUGGAAGUGGAUGGUCAGAACCAAAAACUGAGGACAAAUAUCUGGUACCAGCAGGUAUGGAUGGAUGAGUUCCUCAUAUGGAAUCCUGCAAGUUUUAAUGGCAUCAAUGAAAUCUCACUGCCCGUUGAAACUAUUUGGAUCCCUGACAUAUUAAUUCAGGAAUUUAUUGAUGUGGGAAGAUCACCUUACAUGCCCUAUGUGUAUGUGAAUUCCUCAGGGCAUAUUAAAAACUACAAGCCAAUACAAGCCGUCUCUGCCUGCAGACUGGAGAUAUAUGCCUUCCCAUUUGACAAGCAGAACUGCACCUUCACAUUCUGUAGCUGGCUGCAUACAGUAACUGAUAUCAAUCUCAAGCUUUGGAGAAGCCAUGAAGAAAUUGAAAAUAACACUAGUGCAUUUUUAGAUGACGGUGAAUGGGAACUCCUCUCUGUUCGAUCCAAAUAUGAGAAGUUGUAUAAUGAGGGGAGGGAAUACACUCAAAUUCAGUUUAAUGUUGUAAUACGACGAAGGCCAUUGCUUUACGUGGUCAGUCUGCUGCUGCCAAGCAUAUUUCUGAUGCUGGUAGAUGUGACCAGCUACUUUCUGCCUCCAAACAGCAGUGGGCGAAUAACUUUCAAAUCCAGCAUCCUGCUUGGAUACACCGUGUUUCGGAUGAACCUAAGAGAUGACCUCCCUGCUACUGCAAUGACUACACCUCUCAUUGGUGUAUUCUUUGCUGUCUGUAUGGCCCUUCUUGUGAUCAGUUUGGCUGAAUCAAUUCUAAUUGCAAAGCUCCUGAGCAUGAGUGAGGAAGCUGAGCCCAGGACAGAUGUCUCCAAGUGUUGUGUCUCGAAGCUGAUUUCUUCAAACUGGAGCACCACAGACACUUCACUUUGGACCCAAGAAGUCAUCUGUAAUGACAGUGUUUCUGACAGUGAUGCUGAAACUCCUGGACAACAUGAAGAUAAAAAUCUCAACAAAGAGGCCCGAGGUUUGCAGGCCAAAGAGCUCCCUGUGAAAGAGAUACUGAAGGAGAUUUCUUCAAUCAAGUUCUACUUGCAUGAGACAGAAGAUGCAACUGAUCCUAAGAAUGACUGGCUGGCAUUUUGUUACAGAUUUGACAUGUUUCUUUUCCGUGUGUAUUUGGUGAUACUUGGAGUUUACACUUUUCAAAUUCUAGGUGUCACCUAUGUCCAUGUGAGUGGUGUUGCAGUGAAAGAUGUUGCAACCAAUAACAUCACGAAACAACGACUAGCUGCAGGACAUCUUGGUGUAAAGGAAAGGAUUAAAAAUAUUGUUGCUCUAGUACAUUGUGCCUGCAGUAGGUAA